UUCCGGUUCGCAAUGUCGCAAUCUAAUGGCACCAAUCACCCGAACGGAACACGCAAGAUCGUGCGUGUUCCUACCGUCGGCGAGGCUCUACCAUUCUCGCCAUUCGCAUCUAUUUUCCCCUUCACUCUUGACGCCAUUCCGCCUCCUCUCGCUUUUCCUUCCGCUCCCGCACAAGUCUUCUCCUCUGAAGAACAAAAGCUUUCAGCUCAUGGAAUGCUAGAGCGACUCGAUGCCCAAGCCAAUAAUGCUGAAAGAGCCUCGGAACAAUUGAACAAGACACUCGAAUCUGUCCAACACCUUCUCAAUCCGGAUAAGCUCACACAGUACCGUUUCAACAGACCUGCCAGGUUUGCGCAGUCCAAGCCUCGUCCAGGCCAAACCACGUCGACCCCAUCGAAGCACCAGCUCGGCCCGUUCGCAAAGAUGGUCUUGGACAGGACCAUUCCAUCCCAUUACGCUACCACCAAAUCCAAUCUUCCCACGCUGACCCCCAACCCGAUCGCUAAACCGCCGAAGCCGUCUGCUCAUAGUGUCACACCAGUAGCGACCACUCCUGCUCAGCUUCAGCAACACCAGUAUGGCCACCAGUCAGCGACUCCCACGCCGCACUUUUCUGCAACACAGUCUACGUCUUCUGCUUCCAAGUUCUAUCCACAAGUCGUCGUUCCGAUCCCUACCUCGUCAGCUUCCAUGUCUCACCGAGCCAGCUCUUCACAGACAAACGGCGUUCCUCCAACGCCAUCGCAAGGCUCUCAACCCAACUCACAGAGAUCGAACAUCGCCGUCGUGAUCCCCAAGACUCUUACCGAAGUACAACGUGCCCAAUAUAUUCACGUUCCCGGAACAGUGUCCAGCAGUGCCCCGAAAUUAUCUCAGACGCCUAAAACGGAUACUCAAAGACGUGCGGACCAUGAGGCAGAUCAACGUCUGACUUCAGUAAGCGUUGCUCAGCAAGAAAAGGCGAAUGCCGCAGUGGCCAAACUUCAGAAACUGAUCGCUGAGAUCUUUGAAGCCGAGGAUCAGAUGCAGGCUGACACAUCUGGUAUGGUGUCGUCAAACGCUGCUCACUACUUCAACACCCAUGAUGCAGUUGAGGGCGUGCCAGUCCUGCAAGCAGCCAUCCAAACACAGCUAGACACCACGUUGUACAAGGUCGUCGCUAACGCUCGCCUUUCCAGCAUCGACAUCGAAGACCUAGCCCGUAUACAGCGCUUUUGUGAUCACGCUGUGACUGCCGCAGGUACUGCCAACUACCGUAUCGACGAUGAUACUCCACAUGAGACCGAUGACUGGCUCCAUCGCAUUGGUGUUGGCGAGCAGGGUCUUACUGCUUGCAAGACAUUGCUGCGCAUCAUGACUGCUGGUCGAGAAGAGAAACAAUUGUAUUCUGAGGAAACGCUCACCACUCUUCUGAACAGUCUUACUCAUAUGGUUGAGACUUGCAUCAUCCCCAUAGUGGAGAUGAGAAGCAAUGGAGAGAUGGGUGAUGCGUUCAAAUUUGCCUCCUCGCAAAGCAAGCCUCUCAAUCAGGUUUUGACGGCCUGCGUUCGAGUCAUCAAACUGCUAGGCGAUCUGAUUGCCAAAACUGAUGUCGAUGAGCGUGUUAUUGUUUCCGCUGAAUUUAUCUGCAAGACUUUGGUCUUUGUGGAGAAUGCGACAUCUGAGAAAGACUCUGCUCUGGGUAUCCAGAGGUUCGAGACCGCUCGUAGAGCUGCCAUGGACGUGCUUGCGAAAAUCUUCGCUCGUUACCCAGAGCAGAGACAGUCAAUCUUCGACGAGAUCUUGACUUCUCUCGAGAAACUUCCUGUUGGCCGACAAAGCGCUCGCCAGUUCAAAAUGGUCGAUGCAAAGCCAAUACAAUUGGUGUCCGCUUUACUCAUGCGUUUGGUCCAGACUAGUGCAACGCGUAUGGAGGUCAAAGCAAAUCCUGUUCAUGAAGAAGACGAUACUGAAAAGGACGAGGAGGAUCCCGAGUCCUCUGAUGAAGAUGCCGAUGAGGACUCGGACUUCGACGGUGGGACAGAAAGGAAACGUUCCAAGCCAAAGCCCAAGGCAAAGAAGCGUACAAGCGAGGGACCGGAAGAUCUAGCAUCUAUCACGAACCCUCUGUACGAAGCUGCAUACAGAGAUGCUCACUAUGUUGUCAAUUACAUGGUUCAGCGUGCCUUGACUUCGACAAAAUCAGGAGAUCAGCCGUACCGAAACCUCCUGGACAUCUUCACAGAAGACUUCCUGAACGUCUUGGGCAACACCGACUGGCCUGCCGCCGAGAUGUUCCUUCGCGUACUUCUAGCCAAGAUGUUUGAGCUUUCUGAAAACCAUAAAGGCUCGGCUCCCUCGAAAGCGAUGGCGCUUGAACUGAUGGGCGGCAUGGCUACUCGAAUUACAGAACUACGUCUGCAAGCCCAAUCAGCAGCUCGUCACCCAAAUGUGGAUCGCUCGGAAGUCACAGCCAAGCUGUUGCAGCUUCACGAGAAUAUCGUGGCCGAGCAAAUCGAAGAAGACGAAUUCUUGUCGUUUGAUGGCCCAUACAGAAUCAUACUCGAGUACCUCCAGGCUAGAGGCACGGAUGAUACAGAGUUGUUGACCGCCCGCGGCUAUCAUACUGUCCAAUGGGCAAAGCAAAUUCUCCAGCUCAGCGAGGGCAACGUAAAGUCGACGAAACUUGAAGAACGCUUGGCAUUCAUGAUCAAGGACUCUGCAUGGCUCGAGACUGAAUACGACUUCAAGCAAGUUACCACCGAAGAUGGAAGAUUUGCAGCCGUCUUGGUUACCAUGAACCUGCCCUUCUGCCGAGCUUUUAACAAGAUCUUUAGCAAACUUCUUGGCACCAUGGCUGGCGAUCAGGCUUCCCUGAGAAGCAAGAGUCUGAAGAGUAUCGAACAACUUCUUGAGAUGGACCCCACAAUCCUUGAUCAGGGAACCUUCUUCAUCAACAGCAUCAUCAGAUGUCUUGCCGACAACUCGACUCAGGUUCGUGACUCUGCCCUUGGUCUCAUCGCCAAAUGUCUUUCUUUGCGUCCAAAGCUGGAUACGAUGCUCUACGAGCGCGUCAUCAUGAGAGCUCAGGAUGCCAACCUACAUGUCAGGAAACGUGCGAUGAAGAUGUUGAAAGAUAUGUACCUGCGCAACGACGCCUUGAACGUGAAGGCGCUGAUCGCAGAUACUCUGAUCAAUCGUGUCACUGAUAAUGAUGAGAGCAUUGUGGAGCUCGCUCGCCACACCUUUGAGGAAAUCUGGAUGACACCUUUCCACGCCAUCUCUGGUUCAGACACUGAUGCCGUCAAGAAGAAGCUCCGUUUACGAGAGCAAACCAGUCUGGUGAUCAACAUUGUCAAACGCAAGACCGAAACCACAGAAGCAGUCCUGCCUGAGCUCUUGCAGCAGAUCUUGUCAGAGAAGUCCAAGGCAGCAAAGGCUAAUGUUGUUGUUUGCAAAGAGAUGGUUAAGCUCAUGUUUGACGCUAUCAUCGAUCCAGACGAGCUUCCCGAGAGUCCUCCACAGCAACACGUAUUGCAGACACUCACUAUCUUUUCUGCAGCCAACGCUAAGCUAUUCACUGCUGACCAGCUUCAGACUCUGCAGCCUUACGUCAAGAAUCUCAGUUCAGACGACAAUCUGCUAGUAUACCGGUCGGCAAUUGUCAUUCUCCGCCACGCCCUACCUCACAUGAAGAAUUUGAAUCGAGAAUUUCUCGUCAACAUACAACAAGCUCUACUUGGCAGCUUUACCAGACUCCCAUCAGCCGAGCUCAAGGAAGUCGCCACAUGUCUCUGGACCCUUGACGGGGAACUGCACAACACCGAAAGGCUUGUCAAAGUCACGCUCUCACUUUAUGAUCAGAUCAAGCGAGGCUUGCCUGUCGAUAUGAACAGCAAUCAAGCUGUAGCACAGAAGACCAGAAGACUCAUCACUAUUGCUGGCCAUUUUGGCAAAGUCUUCAAUCUUGACUCUCACCUCAGCGCGUUCAAGGAGAAGUUUCCAGACUACAAGGGCGAACAUGUGGCGUUCCUGGCCAUGAAUCUGAUCUGUCCCUUCACAAGCCCCAAUCAGCCUAUGGUUCUUCGUCAAGCAGCACUCGACAGUGUCUGCAUGUUAUGUCAAGCAUGGCCUGGCCAGUUAAUGCGUGUUGAUGUUUGCAAUGCAUUCAAGCUGGCUCUUGAGUCGGACGAUCAACAACUUCCGAUGACCUUGAUUGUUGGCCUGAAAGACUUCUACUGUGCUGGUGAUAAGCCUGGCGAGUCAAGCUUGGUCCAGGUUGGCACUGGUGUGGAGGCUGGCACUGAGAGACUAGGAAACACCUAUAUGGCUACCGAUCGCGACGGCGCAGCCACUUCUAUCGCACAACAGUUCCUGGGUAGAAUCCGUGACGUUGCUCUUACUUCAGCUGAUGCUCUUGCAUUCAACGCAGUCCAAGUGGUUGCUAGUAUCGGCCGCCAAGGACUUGUUCACCCCAAAGAGACAGGUCCAUGCUUCAUCGCCCUCGAAACCUGUCCAGAUACCAAGAUAGCCACAUUUGCUUUCCAGGAGCAUAUGGGACUCUACAGCAAGCAUGAAGCAAUGUUCGAAAAGGAGCAUAUCGGCGCUGUUCACCAAGCUUUCACCUAUCAGCAAAAUGUGGCCAAAAGCAACCAAGGAUACACUGGAACCCCGCCGACCUCANAAAUGCACCACUUCUGGGAAGUACUCAAGACUGGAAAAGCCAAAAUUCGCAUUAAGUUCUUGAGUACAAUCUGUGGCAAAGCAGGUGUAGGCUUUGACGUUUCGAAGGUUGACAUGUCAGAUCCUCUUCCUUCUCAUGUCGCAUUCACUCGAUUUGUCUGUGAGAAUCUGGCAUUCUUCGACUAUUCCAAGUUCGAUGAGCUCCAACAUCUGAUCGAUUGCGUCGAGAAGGUCAUGGCCAAUACCGGUACUCCCGUUGCUCACUCGGUUGAUGUUGACAUUCUUCGAAUGCUCAUUGAGCAGGAUGCUCCAAUGGCUGACAGCGAGAACGGUGUUGUCAAUGGUGUCACUUCCUCUCAAAACAAGCCGGUCGAUCCAGCUCGCUCACGUGAAUUGACUGUGUAUGUCCAGAUUCUCCUCUUGCUUUGGGAAACUCGUACAUACCUCCGUCGACUGUGGAAUGUUAGCAAGCACCAGACUGCCACAAAGGCCAAAGCGAGCAAAGAAACCGUCCGUGCACUGCAACGCAUACCUAACUCAAUGAACUUGACUGAGAAGUAUCUUGCACGCAACCAAGAAAUCAUAAGAGCUCUUGAGACGCUUGAAAGCCAACUUAGCCUUUGCACCUCGUUCUCAGAGGUCAUGGCCGUCGACAGCGAACUUAGGGUCGACAAAGAGGAUGCAGAAGGUGACAUGGAUAUCUCAAUGACGAUGAAUGAGGAUGGCUACGAGACACCAAGUGAGAGAGGCGGCAGCGCGACACCUGGCAGUGGACAGAAGCGUGGGCGCAAGAGGAAGAGCAUUGAUUCAUCUCAGAACACUCCAAGAAAGAAGGGGCGACCAAGAAAGAGUUCGAGUGUGCAGGGUCGCUCUGUCUCCUUUGCUUGA